AUGGAUUUCAUCAAGACCAGUUCCCCGCGUGCUCUGAGUGAGUUAACUCUCCAACGCAAUUGGAUUGGCAUCAUUUGGAUGAGUAGAACUCAAGUUAUGAUCAAAUUAGUGAAGACUGGUCCAGACGGCCUUAUCGAGCAUUCGCAUCCUGAGCCGCGCACACCGGCCGAUCGAGGAACGAACGUACCGCGACCGUGCCCGCAUUCUAUCGUCGCGUUCCCGCUAAUCCACGGCCGAUCCCACGUACCGACCGGGAGGCAUCGUCCCGCGUGCGGUCCCAACAUCACUUCACAACCCACCUCCUGCAUCGGACGCGCCCUGCGAACAGAUAGAAGGCAAGCUUCGCGGCCGCGCGGCACAACCAUGUACCGCGGCCGACCAAUCGCCGCGCGAACAGGAAGGCUCCCUCCCGUGACCGGCCAGGUUUCAUCGGCCAAAACUUAUCAUCCGUCCGUCGUCAGCCGAACACGAACCGUUCGCACGAUCGUUCCGACGCCGUACGAGCCGAUACCGACCGACGACCGACCGACGUCACCGAACGACCGUCCGAACCGGCCGGUCGACCCGAAGCCGUUUUUGGAGCAUACAAUUCAAGCCCAAUGCCGCGCUGACUUAGCUAGAUUUAGGUUUUCCAAGUUAGAUAUGGAAAAGGAUUCACAAGUCCUUGACCCUAUAAAGGCGAUCCCACUUCGCCACAUACCACCUCAAAGAGACCUCUUGGACGAGCAAGAGAUGUCAAACCCUCAAGCACCACCACCUACUUGGGAUAGUCCUCCAAGACUAUCUCUCUUGAAGUCCAAGAAGAACCUUCUUCCCUACCUUGAAGCAGCCGACCUGGAGACGUCUAGCAAGCCGCAUCUUACAGAGAAGAACACCUUCUAG